CAACCCCCUUAUGCAGUCGCAGCAUACCUGAAGAAACGUUUUUAAGGAUCUCUGCGGUGUGACUGUGAGACCCCCUUCCCGUCAACCAAUCAGAAUGCCGGCCAUUACAAUGCUGGAAAACUUCCCGUCCGUCAGAACCACCGCAAAUUCAGUAUCAUCGCCAAUAUUUUCCAUCCAUUGCAAGCCCUUGUUGCAGUCAAAACUUCAAUUCUCUCCGUUUCACACGCUGGUUGAUCUCCGUUGUACAACGCCCGCCACUACAGAUGAAAUCUUCCGAUUGACAGACUACUGACCAGGACAACCAAUAUCAGAAGCAAACAGGCCUACCCUAAGUGGGAACUGAAACACAUACCCUCUGUAUACCUAGUAGACACUAGACAGACAGACAGACAGACAUCUUAUACCAAGAAACCAUGGAUUCACUCACAAACUUCCUCACCACCAUCGGCGAAGAAGUCGAAGACGCAGAAGAGGAAUCCUUCCUCCUCUUCUCCCAAGACAUCCCCUCCGCCAAUCUAGGGUUUGUCGAUUCCCGCGCCACAACCAUCGACUUGACCAUCCACGACCAAGACUAUACCAUUCAUCAAUCUCCGACUCUGCUAUCAUCUUCCAGAGCAGGCGGUACAACCGGUGCAGUCCUCUGGAAAAUCACCCCCCUCAUCGCAGAAUGGCUCUCCAACAACACCGCCACUACCAAGGAUACUAAAGAUGUCAACCCCCUCUGGACACACAACAUCCUAACCCCCACCUCCACCAUCGUCGAACUAGGCAGCGGCAUCUCCGCCCUCCUAGCCCUAUCCCUCUCACCAAAAAUAUCCCACUACAUCGCCACAGACCAGGAAUACGUGCAAAGAUUAUUCCGCCAAAAUCUGGAUGAGAAUGCCAGCACCAUCACUACUUCUACCUCUACCGGUGGAGGUAGUAGUAAAUCUUCCAAGGCGGGGAAGAAGUCCAGCAAAACGUCAGCGGCAGCUCGGAAAUCCCACCAGGGACAUGCGACUGGAAUUGGAAACGGGAAUGUGAUCUUCACAUCCCUAGAUUGGGAAUUGGAUGUUGCGGGAUCGCUGAAGGAGGGGUUGGGGCUGUGCACUACCGUGGAUGAUAGUGGAGAAGAAGAAGAAGAUAAGGGCUUCGACGUGGUGGUGUCAUGCGACUGUAUCUACAACGAUGCGUUGGUUGCGCCGUUUGUGCGCACGUGUGCGGAUUUGUGUCGCUUGAGGCCGGUGUAUAUUCCCCCUGGUGGUGGUGGUGGUUCUAGUGGAACAGGGAGGGGGAGGAGGACGCCGACGGUGUGUGUGAUUGCGCAGCAGCAGCGGUCGCCGGAGGUGUUUGAGGCGUGGUUACGGGAGACGUUGAGGGUAUUUCGGGUGUGGAGGGUGAGUGAUGAGAUGUUGGGGGAGAAGUUGAUGUCUGGGAGUGGGUAUUUGGUGCAUGUUUUGGUUUUGAGGUAAAUCUAGACUGGAAAUGGGACUGAGUGAUAUGUCUUUGAUUGACUAUGGACAUGGCCUGAGCUGUGGAACUUCUUUGAAACGAGACUCAUGUCUCUCAAUUGCAUCGUUCCGGCCAGAAGCUGAACAGCUAUGCAUGUAUAAACAUCCCGAAGCAGUAUGGACAUUCUUGUGGGAAGCAAGAGCAAGAAAAUAAACAGACACAAUAACUGUGCACCCGGCGUUCAAGAGAUCAUCUUUGACUGGGGAUUAUAAAGGGUAUAGAAUGUAUGUACUAGUGAUUGGA